AAACAUGGCGGCGUGCAGGUGGUGGAUUCCGCGUGUUUCUGCUAAGAGGAUCCUGACGGGACUGUGAGCGGCUCCCUUCAGUAGAGAGAAGCUGGCUGCACACCGGGAGGGAGGAAGAGGUGCCAAGAGGCGCAGAUAAAUAGGGACGGUAGUAACCACUUGUGAACUAGCGAGACAUUGAGGAUAGAGACCAACCCUUUUCUCAACAUGAGCAUCACCUCAGUGCCAAAGAGUCGAGGGAUGAAGUUUGCUGAGGAGCAGCUGCAGAAGCAUGGAUGGAUUCAAGGCAAGGGCCUGGGCAAGAAGGAAGAUGGUAUAGCCCAGGCCAUCAAGGUGAAGCUGAAGCAGGACAAUGCUGGGGUAGGACAUGACCCUUCCAAGGAGUUCACUGACCACUGGUGGAGCCAACUCUUCAACAAGACAGCUGCCAGCUUGGUGGUGGAGACUGGGAAGGAUGGAGUAAAAAUGAAGACCCAGGCCAAGGACACCAGCAAGCAGAAACGAUCUGGGGGCUCAAAGUCUAGCCUACUGUAUGGACACUUCAUAAAGACUGCCACUCUCACUUCAGGAGGGGAGAAAGCAGAGAAGCAGAGUGAACACAGCAGCGAGGAUGAGGCACCUCCACCAGCAAAGAUCCUGACAGAUGAGGAGUUGAUUCGAGCCUGCGAGGGACGUACCGCACACAAGGGUGCCCGCCAUGGGCUUACCAUGAAGGCCAAGCUGGCAAGGCUGGAAGAGCAGGAGCGGGCCUUCCUGGCACAGUAUAAAGGCCAGACCGCAGAUGUACCUGACUCCCCCGCUGAGGAAAUACCCCAGAAGACAAAGAAGAAGAAAAAGAAAAGUCAGGAAGAGGCAUCAGUAACAGAUAGGAAUGAGCACAUGCAGAUCAUAGAACAGCCUGAUGAGAACAACAGGAGGAAGAAGAAGAAGAAAAGUCAGGAAGAGGCAUCAGUAACAGAUAGGAAUGAGCACAUGCAGAUCAUAGAACAGCCUGAUGAGAACAACAGGAGGAAGAAGAAGAAGAAAAGUCAGGAAGAGGCAUCAGUAACAGAUAGGAAUGAGCAUGUGCAGAUCAUAGAACAGCCCUAUGAGAACAAUAGGAGGAAGAGGAAGAAGAAAAGCCAGGAAGAAGCAUCAGUAACAGACAGCAGUGAGCACAUGCAGAUCAUAGAACAGCCUGAUGAGAACAACAGGAGGAAGAAGAAGAAGAAAAGUCAGGAAGAGGCAUCAGUAACAGAUAGGAAUGAGCAUGUGCAGAUCAUAGAACAGCCUGAUGAGAACAACAGGAGGAAGAGGAAAAAGAAAAGCCAGGAAGAGGCAUCAGUAACAGAUAGCGGUGAGCAUGUGGAGAUCAUAGAACAGCCCUAUGAGAACAAUAGGAAGAAGAAGAGGAGGAGACAAUGGGAAAAGGAAACAGAAGAUGAGGUAGGCGUUCAAGUAGAGAGGGAAGAGGAAGAAAGCAGGACCCAGAAAACCAAAAAGAAGAGAAGAAAAAAGGAACUACCAGAGGCCUAGCAAGGACUGUUGCAGUAACCACCUGCAUUCGUUUGUCGGAGGCCAGGACUCUAGAGGCUGGGGCCUCUGGGUCCUUUGCCCAUUGCAGGGGGUGGGGGGCAGAGGGGAAAACAGAGUAUUCACCUAUAGGUGCCAAUGCCCCAGGAGAUCGAGGUGGUGUGGCCCCCUCUCAUCCUCCAGUUCUUCCACACAGGGGGAUCA